CGGUCACUUCUGGUGUAACAUUUAACCCGUGACGUAAGGAUUCUACGGCAAGCGACCACGAACAAAUCUCAUGAACGCUUCCUAAAUAAAUGACACGCUGCUACUGUUUGGGAGAAAGAUGUAUAGUUCAUGAGGAACAGUCUUGGAGUGGAAGGCAACAAGGAUGGCUUUAGAGCAGCUCAAUGACAUGGUCCAAAGAUGUCAGGUUGUCCAGGACGACAGCUUUAAGCCGGAGGACUAUGACCUGUUCCAGACCGCUGCGCGAGCCUGCAUUGAACAGGGCGACAGCAGACAGCUGCUGGACAUCAUCACGGAUGAGAAGAGCAGGGCCAUUGUGAGGAGCAUGGGGUGGAACCUCGUGGGCCCUCUGGUGCAGGUACUCCUGAAGAAGGAGGAGGAGAGUCUUCCUCACUGCCUGGCCAUCCUCACUCACCUGCUGGAGGUUUGCAGUGCCAAAGAGCUGCUAAUUGCUUUGCUGGAGCAAGUGGAGGAAGCCCACCCAGACACUAUCGCUGAGACCAUCUGUCUUCUCCUGCAGCCCCUGCAGACAGUGCUGCUGAGGCUGGGCAGUAAGAAGGCCUCCUCUGUGGGCAUGGCGCUCUCCACGCUGCUGGCCCAGGUGUCCCGGCUGCCCGUGCCCUACACCGAGGAGCAGGAGGAGGAGGACGCCUACGGCCUCUGCCGCUGCUGCACCGCCCUGCUGGCCUUCGUCCGCCCGUUCGUGGAGGAGGUGGAGAAGGACCGGGCCGACGCGGGAGCCCCGGACGCCGAGCUGAGGAGCGAGCUGCUCAAGUUCUGCAUGAAGUGCCUGAACGAGCCACUUGUGCAGGCCCAGCUGAAGAACGACCCGGACGUGCCCGAAAACCCGCCUCUCAGGAACUUUGCUGUCGAGAUUCUGGCCAUUCUGCGGAGGAUUGGAGAACACUUGCCUGACCUCCUCUUCCGUCAGCUCCUGAAGAAGAAGGAGGAGCCAGGCUUCUUGGAGGAGGACGUCAGGUAUCCUAAGGACUCCCUGGCCUGUUUAGCUUACCUGGUCUUCGUCCAGCACAUCGCUAUGGAGACGUUCCCCGCAGUCUUCAGCCCUGUGUUUAUCCUUCAGUCUAAUAUGGAGCAUAUCAACAUUCUGCUGAGCAGGAAAGAGGAGUCAUACUUGGCCAAGGGUCUGGACUUGUAUGAGAAAAGUCUAGUGAGGGUGGAGGACUGCAGCCUGCCAGUAGACCUCCUUGAGCUGAAGAGCUUUUUCAGUGUCCCACAGAAUUUGGUGAAAGUUAUGACUUUGUGUCCAAUACAGCAUUUGAGAACUAAAGGCCUUGCCGUGUUCCAGCUGAGCAUAGAUAAAUUUGACACAGAGGCCAAGUACAAAUUCUUCAGAUGCAUGCUGAAGACCAGCCACCAUGCUGGGGUGGAGGGCUACAUCAUUAAGAACAUCAGAAACCAAAUCGACUAUGCAUUAAAGCCGGGGAACGGGAACGCCUGGUUCCUGGGGACCCACCUGCUGCCCCUGCUGCGGCUGGUGCUGAGCCUCCCUCAGGGGCCCGAGACUGACCUGCUGCAGGGCUUGGACAGGGUGAUGGAAUCUCUGAACCUGCUGCGCUACCUGCUGAUCCGGGACAAAGAGUGGGAGAACGAGACGGGGAUUUGGACCGAGCUGUACAAGAUCGAGGACUACUACCUGAAGCCGCUGCGUGUGGGCCUGAACAUGUCUAAGGCCCACUAUGAGGCGGAGCUCAAGAGCACCAGGGAGAGCAGGAGGGUCAAAGCCAAGGAGCUGAGGGAACACGCACCUGUGUGCAACGUGACGGUGGGGAACGAUAAGCUCCCGAAUAUGACCCCUGAGACGCAGAUGCAGGUGCUGCACUCGGCCUUGUGCACGUUCGACCUGAUGGAGAGCGUCCUGGUCCGGAUCGAGGAGCUCGUCGCAGCCAAAAUAUAGCUGGGAAAUGUGGCUGAAUCCCCCUACACGCUGUGCCCCCCCCCCCCAUCCCCAUCCCCAUCCCCAUCCCCAUCCCCAUCCCCAUCCCCAUCCCCAUCCCCAUCCCCAUCCCCAUCCCCAUCGCCAUCCCCAUCCUCAUCCUCUACCUCUUCUCCUGUUGGCUUUGUAGUAUUAUGUAUGAAUGGCAACAAUAUUAGUAUUUAUGAAAGAAAGAUCAAAGAAAAGGGAGUGUGAGGUUCUUGUUGAAAACAAGUUGAACACAAGCUAACCUGAAACACUGCUUGAAAUGUCUCUUAGAUUUGAGUUAAAACCUGAAAGGAUUGUUGUUGCUCCCCCCCCCCCCCCCCC